UCGCAGUCAGCCGUCGUCAAAAACGUGAAAACAAUCAUACGGAACGGUUCGCCACGAUCGCACACAACACGCUGGACGCUGUAGCGAGACAGAGCUUCCUCAGGGCAAGAGCCAACCAGUGCUAAGUGUUCUCUCGAACCGGUCGCAACUGGAUGGAGAUUGAAGAAAACAGAACGACUCUGCCUCCAAGGAUAUUGUGAUCGAAUCUACCCUUGCGAAAACGGUAACCACGAACAAGCAGUAGUAGUGUGCGCUCCUGUGAAGUGUUUUCUUAGUACACAUUGUGAGAAAGUGUAGAACAACGGUGAAAAUAAUCUAGAAGGAAUUUUGUGGACUUUGGAACGUCGACGACCGGCUCCCCGGACAUUCAGGACAUCAUUGUCUUUGAAUCUACCGUGUGUGUGUGUGUGGUUGUGUGUGAGUUUUGUAGAUAAAGCAGCACCGUUACAUACAUCCUGCCUUUUGUGCGAUACAGAGUUGUGUGUAGAUCCUGUGUGUGUGUGUAUCUGGAACGAAAGGCACAGUAGCACCGGCAUCAGCAGCAGCAGCAGUAUCGAACAGUCGACAGGAAGAAGGAACGUGUUGAAUAGACAAUUGUAUCCACAUUGUGAGUAGAGACGGACAUGCUUCGCUAGAAAUUGUCGCCACACAACCGACAACGUGUCUCGCGAACGGGUUUUUUUUUUUGGUUAUUUCGUGCGAAGUUGAAGAACACGCAGAGCUGAGCGAGAUACAGUCAGUCAGUCCGUGCGCGAGUGUACGCGAUAGAAAGAAGGUGAAGCAAGCAGAAGAAGCGAAAAUUUUCGCACAGUUUCAAGUGAACGGUUUUGCCGUCGAAGAAUUCACCUUAUUCUCUCGCGACAAGGAGAAAGAAGAGGAAGAACAAGCGUCGGAAGAAGAGACCGACAGACAGACACGCAUAGAUACAGAGAGAGAGAGAGAGUCAGCCAAGUCACAGAGCCAAGUCAGCCAGUCAGGCAAACGAUCCACUUGCGUUGGGUGGUGUUAGAACAAAAGCAAAGUCGCAAUUUUGUCCGCUGCUCUUUCUCCCACUCCCCCUGUGAGCGCACAUCGCGGAACAGUGACCACACCGUGGACGACGGGGUUUUAGGUUAGCGGAAAAUCAAUCUGUUUGUAUUUCUGCCUGCCUGCUACGCAAUUCGACACGACCAAAGUAGCACGAUGGCACCACAAGGAGCAACGGCCACGGUGAUCGUACCGUCCACAACCUCCGUGGUCACUCCCGGCACCGGCGGCAUGGUCGCGAACAUCCCCGCCAGCAACAGCACCACCGCGACGAUGGGCGCCGCCUCCGCCGCCCUCGGUUUCGAUCAUCUUUCCUGCCAGGAGAUCAUCUACGAUGAGCCCGACAACCGAUUCGCCGACCCGGACCGCCACAUGAUCACCGACGACCGCGUCCUCCCGAACCUGAUCCGGCUAGAACGGUACACCAUUCCGCCCUGCAACUACUUCGUCGCGGUGCAGCAGGACAUCAAGCCGGCGAUGCGCAAGAUCGUCACCACGUGGAUGCUGGAGGUUUGCGAUGAGCAAAAGUGCGAGGAGCAGACGUUUCCACUGGCCGUGAAUUUCUUCGACCGCUUCCUGUGCGCCCUGGCGAUCGAUCGCUACCACCUGCAGCUGCUCGGAUGUUGCACCCUGCUGCUGGCGUCGAAAAUUCGCCAAUGUCAGCCAUUAACGGUGGACGUGCUCAGUGCCUACACCGACCAUGCGGUUUCGCCGGAUCAGAUAAGGAACUGGGAGCUGCUGUUGAUCAGCAAGCUCGAAUGGAACAUCAACGCGGUGACAGCGUACGAUUACGUCGACCACAUUCUGGAGCGCGUCAAAUGGGGCUCGGACGAUGCCCGGCUGCGCGAACAUGCGCACACCCUCAUCCACGUCUGCAACACAGAAACCAUCUUCAUGCAAGUGGAACCAUCGCUGCUGGCCGUUUCCUGCAUCGCGUCGGCCACCCGCGGCCUGAACGUGUCGACCAAGCUCGCCGUCGGCUACGACCUCUGCCGGCUGACGAUGCACGAUCUGGAAAAGAUCGACCUGAUCGUGAAGAUCGUGGAGGACAUUGUGGCGCGCGAGAUUGCCGACAAGCAGUGCCAGCAGCAGCAGGUCGCCCAGCAGCAGGCACAGCUCGCCGCUGCCGGCAGCAGCUGUAAGGAGCAGUAUCAGCAGGCUCCCCAGAAGCUGGCCAGCGCCAGCAACAGUACCGGCGGGGCACCCCAGCAACAGCAACCGGAAACGCCCACGGACGUACAGUUCAUCUACUUUUAAUCCUUUCGGAUGAAAGAGAGAGUGUGUGUGUCUUUCGGAGGGAAAGGAGACAAAGAUGAUGCUCCUUGUAAUACACAUCGUAAGCACAAAUGCAAUAUCUCUUCAAUCACUUCUUCGUGCGCAUACAUACACAGAGCAACAACCCCCCGGCGCCACACACUGCAAAGAAGAAGCGCGAUUCCCUUUUUUGGCGAGAAUCGAACAUCGGAACAUCGUGCUGUCGUCGUUGCGGAUGAGUAUGAUUUUAAUGGAGCCAUAACAAAUCUAACCUCCUUUCCAUACAAUGGACUGGUGGACGGAACGCUUUUUAGCAAGGGGCGUGUGCACAGCAGCAGGGUUCAUAGUGUAACAACGAGCUAGAACGAGAGAGAAGCUGGAAGGAAGCGAGAUGUGUUAGGCAUUUAGAGCGCGAUGAAGUUGACCAAAAAUAUCGAAGGAUUUCACAGAAAAUGCAGAAAACAAACAGAAAAAAUAGGCAUACCUACAUAUAAAUGUGGCAUUUGUAUAGAGGCAGCAACGCACACACACACUCACACACAGAUGUGUGUGUGUGUGUGUGCUGCUACGUGCUGAUAUGGGUAGUCGAUAAGCUUUAUCCUAUUCUCCAAUCAACCUCAGCCUCCAUCCCCUUUUUUUGAGAGACUGACCUUCUUUCCACGCGGACAUGUUCACUAGUUAUGUAGGAUUUGGAGAAGAGGGAGGGCCCCCACUCUGUUGUUGGCCUAGUUUCUUCUUCUUAUUUUUUUUUUGUAAAUAUUAGUAUAAAUAGUUAAGAACUUCCACCACCUUUACACACACAAUCCCCCAAUCCCUCGCCGCGUCCCAUCACCCCAUUCUUCAUAUCAUCUUCUUCCUUUUGCCGCGCGAUCUUGUUUUCCCUUAGCGCCGGUGUUAGUGUGCGGGCUCUCGCCUCAUAUGCGUCGUGCGCGCUAUAUUUUUUAAUCAGUUCUUAUUGAUACCGAGUUACUAGAAUUCUUAUACACCAUUUUUUUUUCGCGUUUGUUUGCUCUGUUCGAUUCUAUUGAAGCUGUUGAAAAUUGAAAAAGGAAAAAAAAACGAAGAGAAAACCCAUGCAAACGUUUUCACACAUGUUUUUUGUGUUACUAUGUAUAUGAAUCGUCAACCAACACCGCUCCGUUAUCGUUUUUCAAUAUUUUUUUUUUUUUGCUGUACAUACCUACUACCUUCUCUGCGCGUUGGCGAGCCACUCACGAGCGGCGUGCGUGUGCGCGCGCGGGUUCCGCUCCCAAGAACUGCGCCGCGCUCGUGAUAUCACGAUAACGCGGGCGCGACAAUGUACAACACAUAAGUUUGUUUGCGACAAAGUGCGAAAGAGAGAGAGAGAGAGAGAGAGAGAGAGAAACAAGACAGCACAAGUGAGGAAAGGAAAGGCCCUUGGUGAGGGGAGAAAGUCAAUACGUGCGCAUUGCGCACACACUUGCGCGCCGUGCUACCUACCAUACACACAUAACACAGAACACCCGAUAGCAUUUAAAGGGACACACAGACUGAACUGGAGGAGAAAUAUCCAUCUCUCACCAUCCACCACUAGAGCUUACACUUCCACACACACACACCCUUUUGACGUAUAACAGUUCCGAUAGCACCUUGGUGGUGCGGCACAGAAACGCCACCCUAUACAAAAGAUAAGGAAAAGCAGUAAGAGAGGAGUGGAGGGGGAGCGAGAGUUGCGUUGCAUUUCGGUAGUCGUGGAGAAGAAGCAGAAACGCUGAUAGGAAGUUGGCACUGUUUUUCUUUAUCUUAGGGCUGAUGGGGAGAGGGUUCGGUGCUGCCGCCACUCUUUCGUAGAACGCGCCCCAGAAGGUGUUGCGGAUAUCCGUGAUCGAGCGACGGCCCGGUCACCACCAGUGUGUGCGCUUCGACCGAUCCCCUUCCCCCCCCCAUCAUCCCUCCCCCCCCCCCCUACCCCCGGUGCUUUGUCACCUCGUGGUGGUGAGGGAUUGCUGUCAAAUGUAAAUAUUAGGGCCUUCUGCGACAAUGCAAUACCUUACACACGCGGGUGUAGAAAAGGGAAGGGGGAACAGCAGCAGGAGAGAGGGCGAGUGCGCGACACAUCAUCAAUGAACUAGAUCUAGCAUAUUACGAGCGCGCGCACAGCGAGGAAAAUUCCACGUACCUUCAUGCGGCCAACUACAUCAUGACAUGCUGUUGGCGCUUUUUUCAUUUUUUUGUUUUUCUCUUCAUCUAGCAGAUCAAGAGACACAUUAUUAUUUUUUUACUUUAUUGUUCUUUCGAUCAAUUUUUGCUAUUAAUCAAUCAUGUACUGAAGCUGUUACGUUUUUCUUCUUACCAUUUAUAUAUUGACUGUUUAUUAUUUUUUUCCAUUCAUUGCUGUUUUUUGGACGCGACUGUUUUUACAAGUUCCGUUAGUUUGAUGAUCAUGCCCGAUCAGCUGUUUUUUUUAUCUUGCAAAUUUUGGGAAAACACGUUUCAAUGGGGAAAAGGAAAUGUUAGAGAGUGGUAAAGAGAAGGGGGAAAGGAGGUAAAAGAUAAAAGUAAAGGAAAAAUACAAAAAAAAAACAAAAACAAAACGGAAACCACAUACGCUUUUGAGAUGAUAAGUAGUUGAAAAAUAUGGUGCGUCACCAUGCGCGUUAAAUUCUACACAGUAGUACGGGGUAGUAGGGCAUACUGUAUAGAGAGAGAGAGAGAGAGAGAGAGUUCUGCAAGGGAGGGGUGAGAAAAACUAGUGUGUUGGUGUGCGUGGUCCAGGGUCAGUAGAAAACCGAAGGAAAACACACACGCACACACAACGCACGCUCGCUGUUUAGUGUCUGUUUUUUUUUAAUACACCUUUCGCCAUGCUCUCCGUGUUCUUCUCCCGCGUGCGUUGUUGUUGUCCGGUGCGGUGGUGAUGUUGUUGCAUCAUGUUCUGUCCUUAUGUUGUUCUUCUGUGCCGCCCCCGGGGAGACGGGACGACGACACCGAUUAUCAUUCAUCCCCGAAGUACGAAGUACGAAGGAGGAAAUGGUGUAGAAAAGGAAAGUGGAGAAAACGGUGCAUCGAAUGCGCAGUGCUCCAGUUUUUUUAAGGCACGAUAAGGGCACAUCGACACACUCUGAAGGCCUAGGGUGGGUUUCUGUUCAUGAAUGCCCACACAUAUAUCCAUAUCAAUCAAAACCCGCUUGCACCUGACCAAAUUGAAUCUGUUUUUGGCUCUCUGGUGGUAAAGCUUUUGGUUUGAACAGUACAGUAAAUCUUUUUCAUUUUUCGUUCUAAACUACUGUUCGUAUAUUUUGGUUGGUCGUGUGUGUUCUACUUCAGGAGUAGUAGAAGCUGCACACCCAUCUUUUCUUCUUAUUUAUUUACAUGCAAGUCUUGAAGAUUACGAAAACACGGAGAGAGAAGGAAAAAGGAAUAAAAAUUGCACACUGCACACAAACAAACGGUUGAGAGAAUGAGGAAGGAGGGACUUACAAAGAGCGAUAAAACUAGCGAUAGCAACAACAAAAAAGCGGAUAAAUAAUGAAACAAAACUAAACGGAAAUAUAACCACUAGUUAAAACAGAAAACGAAAGACUACAAAAGACUAAAAGAAGUGGAGAAUGGAAGAGGGGAACGGAGGGAGGAUCAAUGCAAAACAGAACGGUGCCCAUUUUUGUUUAUAAGUAUAAAACACGGAGAGAAAGAGAAAGCGUGGGAAGAAAAUUGUAUGUUACGUUAGAGUUUAAUUUUUAUUGCCAAAGAGAAGUAGUAAGUGUCGCAUGUAAGCCUAGCCUAGUGGACAGGGAAGAGACAAGGGGACGAAGAGCAAGAGGGAAAUGAAUGAAUCCACCACUAAGAGAGAUGGUAACUACUUAGCAAGAGAAGAAAAGGUGGAAAACAGAUUUCGUAGUGAGAAGAAAGCGCGCGCACCCACUUACACACAUACUCUAGCGCAAACAUACGCACACCAUCUCUCCAGCACAAUGAUAGAAAAGAGAAUGCAAAACAAAAAACACAAGAUAACAACUUUUACACCAACCAGUAGAGUAACACCAGUUCGAGCGAUGCCAUUACAACACACAUUUACAGUACAUUAAAGAAAAGCGAUAAAAAUAACACACUUAGAAAUUAAGUUACAAACAAACAAAAGAAACAAACGAGUUCAGAUAGAUUUCAAGAAGAAUUUGGUGAACACAAAGCGACAUGAACCAGUAAAACAUUAUAAUCAAUAAGCACAGAAAUUCUCGGCUCCCCUCGUGUGUGAUUGAGAGAGAGAGAGAGGGGAAUGAAGGGAUAGCGGGGGGAGUACGAUCCCCCAUCCCCGAUCGGAACCGGUCGCGUACAUUGCGCACCACCACCCCACACAACACUCUCUCUCUCUCUCACACACAUUGGAGAGCAUAAAGCACGCGAGACUUAUUGUUUAGAGCAGAUCUCAUUACUAGCAAGGGUUAAGAAUUUGAAGAAGAAAAAAAAACAACAACAAUAUACUAAUUGUAGUAGAAGUAGUAAACGGUAUUUAGAACACACAACACAGUGCACGAACGACAAGCCGUAGAAAGGGCGAAUGGAAGGAAGAAAGGAAAGGAUUCAACGAACAUGCAAAACAACAACACUCACACAGCACAGGUUGGGUGGUGUGUACUUCGUCUCCUGGGUUCAGGAUGUACAUAGGGCAGAUAUUAGAGAGAAUGGGAUAGAGCGAAUGAAUGCGAGCGAUAGAGAGAGAGAGAGUGAAAGAGAAUGAGCGAACGAUAGUGGAAAACACUUAGCACCUAAAAACAAGAAUUAAUGACUAAGCGACCGUGUGGUUAGGUGUUGCAUUUUAGCGUGGUAAGGAUACAAAUAUUUCCUAUGCGAGGAACGAAACAAAACACACAUACAAAAUAAGUGGAAGCGAGCGCGCACACCAACAACCUACUUAAAAUGAGGGCGGAAACAAAGUUUUUGAAGGGAAAUGAAGUUUUUUUUUGCAUUAUUGAGACACUUUUUUUCUUUUUCUUUUUCGGUAAUGAUCUGUUUUGGAAACGACUUUUUCGUAUUAUCCUUCUUUUUUAUUUCUUUGUUUCUUUUGACAAAAAAAUUCCAUCUUUUUUUUGUUAAUCUAGUCUUAAAUAAGAGAAUUUAUAUUAAUUUAUACGAUCAUAACAAAAAAAGAACACCAAAACCAAAUUGUCAGCACACAACAGCAACGAAAUAACGCGAAAGAAGCCGAAAGCAUUUCAACACACAGAGCCUUUAAGAAGAACAGAGUGAGAGAGAGAGAAAGAGAGACCCUAUAACAG